AUGGACCCGGCAGACAUCUUCCGACAAGGCUUUGGCCAAGUCGCUCCCCGCCAGAAUCCCAUUUUCAUGGGUCACCCUCAACACCAUAUGGUCCAGUUCCAGCAGCAGCCGCCACCUCCGCCGGCCUUCAGGAAACCUGCACAGCAGACCGACGAAACUUCGGAUGGUGACGGCUCGAGUCACCGCAUUGCUCACACUCUGACUGCUUGUUGCCGUUGCCGACAGGUACCUAUCCUCUUGGUGCAACUCGAUAAUCUGAGCUACAUGCUAAUGCUACAAGACAAAGUCAGGCAACUCGAGGCGGAGCUUAGCCAAUAUACCGACGACGAAAAUGAGUAUCCUACAAGUAAUGAAGAUAUGGUACGGCCCGGUGGAAUGGUUCGUCUGAAUGGUGGCGAUGAGACCCCUCGAUACCUAGGACCCAGUAGCGGUAUUGCAAUGACACGUCUUCUUAUGGAGCAAGCAAAAAGAUACACUGAUUCAAAGCGCAUAUCCGAUCUCAUCCCCAGUGUACGCGCCAGACAAGCUCGUAUGCAGUCCAUACAAAUGACAGGGCCUUCAGCAAGGAGAAAGAGUUACCCCAUGAUUAGCCAGCAUCCAGCCGAGAGUUUGCCCACAAGAGCCGUUGCCGAUAAGUUACUGGAGAUCUUUAACCAGAAAGCUCAACUCUUCUGGCCUGUUCUUCACGAAAAGGAUCUUCUACAGGAUCUGGAUGCGGUCUACAAUGGCGAUACUGAUCCUUAUCGGCUUUUCAUUGUCAGAAUGCUUGUAGCCAUCAGCUUACAAAAGCUUGACACGCAAUAUGCUGGCUUGGCAGACAGCUACUACUUGGCAGCAAUGCAACUGUUCGAAGACGUCGUCCGCCCCAAAGAUCUCAAGACAUUGCAAUGCCUUGUGCUUCUCGGAGAAUAUUCGCUUCUCACCCCUACAAGGACACCCAUCUACUAUGUGAUCGGCCUGGCAGCUAGAAUAUGCCAACAGGAAGGACUAGCCAGCGAGAAGACUAUUUCUACGGGGUACAACUUGGAUGCCAAAACAAUUGAUAUGAGGAGGCGGAUUAUCUGGACUGUCGCCGCGAUGGAAUAUGGCUUGGCGCACAGUAUGGGUAGGCCCAACAGUUUUGCGACAGGCGACGACCGACUAGACGUCGAAUUCUUCGCAGCAGUCGACGACGACAACAUCACUGACCAGGGCAUCCAGCCAGGCCCUCCCAGUGAGCGCAAACUUGUUGCCAUUCAUUUCUACAGAAUGAGAAUGUGCCAGGCCGAGAUCCGAAGGGCUUUGUACGAGAAGAAGAAGGAAGAACCAAAGCACGACUCGCACCCCUGGUUUGCAAGGAUUGAGAAAAUGAACAAAGAAUGGCUAGAUGCGUCACCCACAAGCCCCGAUUGGUGCAAGCCUUGGUUCACCGGCAGGUAUCAUCAGAUGAGGAUAUUCAUGUAUAGACCCUCUCCGCAGAUCCCAAAGCCAUCACCUCGCGCCGCGGCGAUUUGUUACGAGAGCGCAGCGUACAUCACACAGCUCAAUUCUAAGCAGAUGGGAAGUGGCGCGGAUCUCACAUGGGUUUUCCUUCUGACCGUGAACAUGUCCCUCAACACACUCUUGUGGACUGUUUCGUAUCCAGAAGUGCGCCGGGCGCAUCCCCGUCAUGAGGUUGAAACUCUCGUUCAGACUUCCAUGGAGGUUUUGGAUCGCUGUACAGAAAGAUGGCCCGGGACUGCGUCCGCCUCGCAACUUUAUUCCAUCUUCUCGAAAGCCUGUUUGCAAGGCUACGAUGAACGCCCAAUGACGGGACAGACAGCCGGCUUCUUCACCACGCCCCCUUCCUUCGCGGACCCUAACUCGCCCGAAGCCUUCCAGAACCUUCAACAAGUCCAAGCCCCUUAUCAGAACCCACCUCAGUUCAAUCAUGUAUUCAACUCACCACCAGAGGCCAUGAAUGCUUACGCCUUCGAUCCCAACUUCCCUCCACCUCAGCCGAGCUUCAGGUCUAACUCCAUCUUCUUCAACCCUGCAAGCAAUGAACCUGCGGGGCGAAGAUUCUCAUACUUCCCACCCGACUUCAUGCAGCCCGGCGAGACCAUGAUGGAUGACCCAACACCGCCAGCCACCACGACCCCUGAGCAACAUAUGACAUCGCCUCCAGAUCACAUGUCAGAGCAAUUACCAACUCCUCCUGACAGCAUUCCGACCGGCAAUAUGACAACACCAACCCCUAGCAACACUUUAUCGCCCGCGAACACCCUGACAGCCCAUCCUACCCCCAUUAUGCAGCAUGCCUCGCCUGCUGGAGUUUCUCUGGUGCCCGUGCAGACGAACAUGUCCCCUCCUAUCAAGAUUGAACAAUCCCAACGUGGGCCCACGUUUGUUGUACCUCAAAACCCACAGGUUGCACCUACUCAAAGACCUCUACCAACCCCAAGCGGCAUUGGGGAUUGGUUCUCGCCUCCUGCUCCAUUUAUUUCCCCGUACGCUUUCAACAACAUGAGCAACAGUUUCUUCAACGAUUCCAUGGCGAAUCCUGGGAACUAUGGAGAUAUGUCAGGCUCUGGUCUUGGGUUACAGAGUAUUCAAGGCGGGAAUGCUCCUCCUCAGUUUGACUAUGGUUUUGCCAGGCAGGGUAGCCUUACACAGUCUCAGCAGCUUGAGUUGAUGAAUGUGCUUGAGACGGAGGGUAUGGGGGACAUUGAUGCGUUCCUCAACGGGGGGAACAUAUCUAACAGAUGGUAUUAA